AAAAAAAACUAUCUCUACUCUUCCAUUUUAAUUCCCAUCAAAUUAAUUCACAAUUAAUUAACAAUAUUAUAAUCCUAGCAUAAUUAAUCAAAUAAUGAUCAACUCAUACCUUCAUCAACAAUGCUCUUCUUUACUCCUCUCUCUACUAACCGACGACCUCCUAGCUCGAAUCCAAUCCCACUUACUGGACCCCACCGAUCGGAAAUCGUUCCGACUCGUUUGCCGCACCUUUUAUCGAGUUGACUCACUGAGUCAAACCCACCUCCGCCCACUUCACCCAUCCAUCAUUCCUUCUAUCCUUCCUAAACUCACUCUUCUUCACACGCUUGACCUCUCUCUGUGCCCGUGUGUGGAUGACUCCCUCGCUUCCGCCCUAUCCCCACUUCUGGGCACCCAAGUGAAAACACUUUCCCUCAGCCGUGCGUCCGGGUUGACAUGUGCGGGACUCGAGAGACUCGCACGGGCGUGCGAGAAGCUGGAGAGGCUGGACGUGUCGUACUGGUGCAAUAGAUUUGGGGACAGAGAAGCGCUAGGGAUAUCAUGUGCGGUGAGAUUGAAGGAGGUGACAUUGGAUAAGUGUUUGAGUGUUGGCGAUGUGGGGUUGGCGCACAUUGCUGUUGGGUGCGUAAAAUUGGAGAAGGUUAGCUUGAAAUGGUGCUUGGAGAUUACUGAUCUCGGUAUUCGUCUUCUUGCUAACAAGUGCUUGCACCUCAAAUUUCUCGACAUUUCUUCCCUCAAGGUAACAAGUGAGUCCUUGCAUUCAAUAGCGGCGUUAAAUGAAUUGGAGACAUUGGUUAUGGUGGGAUGUGGUUUGGUGGAUGAUACAGGCUUAUAUUCAAUCGCUAAAGGAUGUCCUUCUCUCAAGGUAGUAGAUAUGUCACGGUGCGAUGGCAUUACUUCAGCUGGCUUGUGCUCAGUAAUUAAAGGACAUCACCGACUACAAGAGUUGAAUGCAAGCCAUUGUAAGGUCGAUCUCACUUCCGAUGUCCUUAGUGCAUUGAAGAGAUUAAAAUCACUAAAAGUGUUCAAAGCAGAUGGAACUCGAGUAUCUCAAGCCACAAUCGAAACCAUCACCAAAAACUGCACAUCUCUUACUGAAAUCGGGCUUAGUAAAUGCAUUGGAUUAAAAGACAUUUAUAUCACUCGCCUACUAACCGGUUGUGGCAACUUAAAAACCCUUAAUCUUUCAUGUUGUCCUGCUGUUACGGAUGAUGCUAUUGAAGCAAUAGCAACUUCAUGCAAGAAACUACAAUGCCUGAACUUGGAGUCAUGUAAUUCUAUAACUCAAAGAAAUCUCCAUCUUCUCGGCUCUUCCUGCGUCGGUCUUCAGGAACUAGAUCUCACUGAUUGCUCUGGCAUUAACGACACUGCACUUGGUUACUUGUCUAGGUGUUCAGAACUAAGGUUGCUAAAGCUAGGGCUUUGCGACAACAUAUCUGACAAGGGAUUGUUCAAUAUUGCUUCUAAUUGUAAGAAGAUAUCUGAACUUGAUUUGUACCGAUGCAGUUGUGCUAAUAUAGGAGAUGAAGGAAUGGAGACAAUAUCAAAUGGGUGCAAAAAGUUAAAGAAGCUUAAUGUGUCAUAUUGUACUAGUUUGACUGACAAGGGAGUACAACACAUCGGAAAAUUGGAAGAAUUGUACGUUCUAGAAAUGCGAGGGCUACUUAGUGUAACUGCUUUUGGAUUACAAGCUGUUGCGGUUGGAUGCACGAAGCUAUCAGUGUUAGAUCUAAAGCACUGUCAGAACAUUCUAGAUUCUGGAUUUUGGGCGCUUGCUAACAACUCAAAGAACAUGCGUGAGAUAAACCUUUGCAAUUGUGGAAUCUCAGAUGCAGGCCUAUGGAUGAUGCUAAGUAACCUAACAUGUCUUCAAGAUGCAAAGUUAGUUCACCUUAAUAAUGUAUCAGCUAGAGGGUUUGAGGUAGCCCUAAGAGCAUGUUGCAUUCAACUUAAAAAACUUAAGUUACUUGGAUCUCUUAAAUCCUCCCUUUCCCCUGAAUUACUUCAUUUUCUUUGGUUGAGAGGUUGUAAAAUUAGAUGGGAUUAGGGUUUAAAAUUAAGUAAUUUUAGGUUAUCCUCUUUUUAUUUUCGUUUGACUUACAUGUCACAACAUUCUUAUAACCGACCAACCAUUUUUAAUUUUGAUUUAGUCGUAAUUAAUGGCGAACAAUUGCGUUUGGUCGCAAUAUCUGGUCGACAAAACAAUAUGAUCAUGAAUAUUUGAUCGAUUUUUUUUUUCAAUGAUCAACUUCCUUUAUAUGU